AUGAUGGACAAAUCGAUCGAAGCGAAUUGUCUCAUCUCAUUUCAGCUAUUGUAUGAUUCUUUAUUUGUAGUUAAAAUCAUUUCAUUUCAUUUUCAGUAUGAUCGUGCUGGAGUAAAAGAUCGUCAAGGUGAGAAAAAUCCUCAAAGUCGUGCAAAAGCAAUUAUUAAUAAACUUGAUAUUCAUCAACAAUCAAAUUUUGGUCAUUAUAUAAUGAUAGCAUUAACUACAACAGGUACAAUCUACGUCGCAUUGUCAAACAUAUAUGAUGUUCAACAAAAUUCAAUUUUUAUUCAACCACUUGUAUACUGUAAAUUUAUAAGAUAUAGCCGUUAUAAUCCUACAUCAACUCAACCAGCUGUUACACGUGAUUUUGAUGUUGUCGUCAAUGCAGAAGGUUUAAAUAAUGGUAUUACAUUAACAUUAUCAGCAUUACCCGUAGUCGAAGCUCGUUAUGGUUUGACAAUUACAGCAACUGAUGCUCAAGGUUAUUCAUUUGUCGAUAACAAACCCAUUAUGUUAACCCAGAAAGGUCAAGUUAAUGAAAACCUACCUCCGGUGCGAAAAACUUUAUAUCCCAUAUUGGAUUCCAAUAUGCAAGCACCGGCUGCUCAAGUUCGAAACAAUGCUCUUUAUCAUUUUCCUAAUUUCGGUACAAAUUGA